GUCGCCCUUUUAUAAAGCCGAUCGAUUUUAACACUUUCGUAUUAUGUUCUCUUACGGUUUUGUUAUCCACCACGAAGAGAAAAACAGAAGAUGAUCGUCUCGUUUCGUCUCGUAUCGCGAUAAAUACUACGUAACGGCAUAGAAAUUUCAACGAACACUUGACCGGCGUUUUGCAGCUGGCCCCACCCAACAAGUAGCCGGCGGCGAGUAUUAUCUGUUACCGUUACUUUUUAUUGUUAUUUUGAUUUUCUCAUACAGAAAAAAUAAACUUAAAAGGAUUCACAAACCGCCCCACUUUGCACCACCAACUAACAGAUGUCUAGGACUGCAGCCAGAAGCUCUUUGUCACUGCCACCUCCUCCUUCGGUGGACUGCAAAGUAAAGUGCUUCUCACUCCGUCCCUCUUUUCUUCUGUAGAGGCAGAGACGUGUCGUUAGGGUUUGAUUUUUCAGCCGAGAAGAAAAUGGGAAUUGCACGGAGACAGUUGAAGGCUAUGCUUCGGAAGAACUGGCUUCUCAAAAUCCGUCACCCUUUCAUUACAUCCGCUGAGAUUUUGCUCCCUACCGUAGUAAUGGUGUUGUUGAUAGUGGUAAGGACUCGAGUUGAUACACAGAUUCAUCCAGCACAGCCGUAUAUCCGGGAAGAAAUGUUUGUGGAAGUGGGCAAAGGAAUGUCCCCUAAUUUUGAACAAGUCGUCGAAUCACUAUGGAUCAAGGGAGAGAACCUGGCUUUCGCACCAGAUACAGAAGAGACAAGGGCGAUGAUUAACUUGAUGUCAAUAAAAUUUCCGCUUCUGAAGCAUGUAAGUAGAGUUUACAAAGAUGAAGAAGAGCUGGAAGCCUACAUACGCUCAGAUAUUUAUGGUACCUGCAAACACCAUAUCAGGAAUUGUUCAAAUCCUAAAAUCAAAGGAGCAGUGGUAUUUCAUUCUCAGGGUCCACAGUUGUUUGACUAUAGCAUACGUCUCAAUCACUCAUGGGCUUUCUCUGGAUUUCCUGAUGUUAAAUCCAUUAUGGAUACUAAUGGUCCUUAUCUUAACGACUUGGAACUGGGUGUAAAUACUGUACCAACAAUGCAAUACAGCUUCAGCGGGUUUUUAACUCUCCAGCAAGUACUGGAUUCUUUCAUAAUAUUUGCUUCACAACAAUCUGACACUGGAAAUAUAGAACUUUCUCCAUUGCACUCCUCUGGUGCAGCUUCCUCCCUCAAAGAGCCAUGGACUCGGUUCACCCCAUCUAAGAUAAGAAUAGCCCCGUUCCCCACUCGUGAGUACACUGAUGAUGAGUUCCAGUCCAUCAUCAAGAAGGUUAUGGGUGUAUUGUAUCUUUUGGGAUUUCUCUACCCCAUCUCUCGCUUGAUCAGCUAUUCUGUGUUCGAGAAGGAACAGAAGAUAAAAGAAGGUCUCUACAUGAUGGGGUUGAAAGAUGAGAUAUUUUAUCUCUCUUGGUUUAUCACAUAUGCUCUGCAAUUUGCAAUUUCUUCUUUGAUCAUUACGCUUUGCGCCAUGGAUAACCUUUUCAAGUAUAGUGAUAAAUCAGUGGUGUUCACGUACUUCUUUUUGUUUGGAUUAAGCGCCAUCACACUGUCAUUUUUUAUCUCUACUUUCUUCACUCGAGCCAAAACAGCUGUUGCAGUUGGAACGCUUUCUUUUCUGGGUGCCUUUUUCCCUUAUUAUUCGGUCAAUGAUGAAGCUGUUUCAAUGAUAUUAAAGGUUGUAGCUUCUCUGCUUUCACCUACGGCCUUUGCUCUAGGGUCAAUCAACUUUGCUGACUAUGAGCGUGCUCAUGUUGGUCUUCGCUGGACGAACAUAUGGCGGGAAUCUUCCGGGGUCAAUUUCUUGGUCUGUCUUCUUAUGAUGUUUGUUGACACAUUGCUGUACUGUGCAGUUGGUCUUUACUUGGAUAAGGUACUUCCGAGGGAGAAUGGAGUUCAUUAUCCAUGGAACUUCAUUUUUAGCAAGUCUUUUUGGAAAAAGAAAACUAUCAACACAGAUCAAACUGCAACUCUUGAUGUUAAUAUUAAUGAUGAAGUUUCCAUCCAAAAAAUGGGUUUUCCUGGGAAAGAUAAUAUUAAACCAUCUGUGGAAACAAUAAGUUUGGACAUGAAGCAACAAGAGCUUGAUAGCAGAUGCAUCCAAAUAAGGAAUCUGCAUAAGGUCUACGCCACUAAAAAGGGAAAGUGCUGUGCUGUUAACUCAUUACAACUUACCUUGUAUGAAAAUCAGAUUCUUGCUCUUCUAGGACAUAAUGGGGCUGGUAAAAGUACAACAAUAUCAAUGCUUGUUGGCCUUCUUCCUCCUACUUCAGGGGAUGCUUUGGUGUUUGGGAAGAAUAUUACAGCAGAAAUGGAUGAGAUAAGGAAGGGAUUGGGUGUGUGCCCUCAAAGUGAUAUCCUAUUUCCAGAGUUGACUGUGAGAGAGCAUUUGGAAAUUUUUGCUACAUUGAAAGGUGUUGACGAAGACGUUAUGGAGAGAGUUGUUACAGAUAUGGUCGAUCAAGUGGGGUUAGCUGAUAAAAGUAACACUAUUGUGAGGGCUCUUUCAGGAGGCAUGAAGAGGAAAUUGUCUCUUGGCAUCGCGUUGAUAGGAAAUAGCAAGGUUAUAAUUCUUGAUGAACCAACUAGUGGAAUGGAUCCAUAUUCAAUGCGAUUAACAUGGCAGUUAAUAAAGAAAAUAAAAAAGGGUAGGAUUAUAUUGCUGACAACACACUCAAUGGAUGAAGCUGAGGAGCUUGGAGAUCGGAUAGCUAUUAUGGCCAAUGGUUCUCUGAAAUGCUGUGGAAGUUCCCUUUACUUGAAGCAUCAGUAUGGGGUUGGUUAUACUUUAACUUUAGUGAAGCGUGCACCCAAUGCCUCACUGGCUGCUGAUAUUGUUUACCGCCACAUACCAUCUGCAAUGUGUGUCAGUGAGGUUGGAACUGAGAUUUCCUUCAAGCUUCCUUUAGCAUCUUCAUCGUCCUUUGAAAGUAUGUUUAGGGAAAUUGAAAGUUGCAUGAGAAGAUCAGUUCCUAAUUCAAUAUUGGAUGAUGAAAAAGACUCUAUUGGCAUUGAAAGUUAUGGUAUAUCUGUCACAACUCUAGAGGAGGUAUUCUUGAGAGUUGCAGGAUGUGACUAUGAUGCCUCAGAAUGUUUUGAGCAAAAAGAAAGCGUCCAUUUGCCUGGUUCUGUGAUUUCCCAGGCUUCACUUGAUCCUGCUGCCACUCCCAAAAAACAUUUGCACUCAGAUAAACAUUUUGGAAGUUAUAAAAAGAUUCUUGGGGUAAUAUCAACCAUAGUGGGGAGAGCUUGUGGUUUGAUAUUUGCUACAAUUUUAAGUUUCAUAAACUUCUUAACUGUGCAAUGCUGUAGCUGCUGUAUUAUUUCAAGGUCAACAUUUUGGCAACAUUGUAAGGCUCUAUUUAUAAAGAAAGCGAUAUGUGCUCGGAGGGAUCGGAAAACAAUUGUCUUCCAGCUUCUUAUUCCUGCUGUUUUUUUGCUUCUUGGUCUUAUUUUGCUCAAGCUCAAGCCACAUCCUGAUCAGCAGUCUGUGACCUUUACAACCUCAAAUUUUAAUCCUCUGUUAAGUGGUGGUGGUGGCGGUGGUCCAAUUCCUUUUAACUUAUCCUUGCCAAUUGCAAAGGAGGUUGCAGAUUAUAUUAAAGGGGGUUGGAUUCAAAGCGUAAAACCAAUUGUUUAUAAAUUCCCUGAUUCAGAAAGAGCACUGGCAGAUGCAAUUGAAGCUGCAGGACCAAAUUUGGGACCAGUUUUACUUUCAAUGAGUGAAUAUUUAAUGUCUAGCUUUAAUGAAUCAUACCAGUCAAGGUAUGGAGCAAUUGUGAUGGACGAUCAGAAUGAUGAUGGAAGUUUAGGCUACACCGUACUACACAACAGUUCUUGUCAGCAUGCUGCCCCAACUUUUAUCAAUUUAAUGAAUUCUGCAAUCCUUAGACUUGCUGCUUAUAACAAAAAUAUGACAAUUCAAACACGUAAUCAUCCCCUACCAAUGACAGUAAGCCAGCACUUGCAACGUCAUGAUUUGGAUGCCUUCUCUGUUGCAAUUAUUGUCAGUAUCUCAUUCUCCUUCAUCCCUGCCUCAUUUGCUGUUUCCAUUGUGAAGGAGCGUGAAGUAAAAGCUAAACAUCAACAACUGAUUAGCGGGGUUUCUGUACUUUCAUAUUGGGUUUCUACAUAUGUAUGGGACUUCAUCAGCUUCUUAUUUCCUUUUUCUAUUGCAAUAAUCCUUUUUAACAUCUUUGGUCUGGAGCAGUUUAUUGGAAGUGGUUGUUUCUUUCCUACUAUCAUUAUGUUUAUGGAGUAUGGAUUAGCUGUUGCAUCUUCGACAUAUUGCCUUUCUUUUUUCUUUUGUGACCACACUAUGGCACAGAAUGUGGUUCUCUUGGUCAACUUUUUCUCGGGGCUCGUCCUUAUGGCUAUCUCAUUCAUUAUGGGGCUUCUUAAGUCAACAGCCAGUGCAAAUUCUUUUCUUAAGAAUUUCUUCAGAUUAUCUCCAGGGUUUUGCUUUGCUGAUGGACUUGCAUCACUGGCCCUUCUACGUCAAGGGAUGAAAGAUAAAUCAAGCGAUGCUUUUGAUUGGAAUGUUACUGGUGCCUCGAUUUGUUAUCUUGGUUCAGAGAGCAUCAGUUUCUUCCUAUUGACACUCGUGCUUGAAUUCUGGCCUUCUUAUAAAGUGACUCUAUUCUCAGUCAAGGAGUGGUGGAAGAGUUUCCGGCAUGACAAUUCUAGUUUUUCAGAACCUCUUCUAAAAUCAUCCUCACAGGCUGAUACUCUUGAUGUCGAUGAAGACAGAGAUGUAAAAACAGAAAGAAAUAGGGUACUUUCAGGUUCUAUUGAUAAUGCAAUUAUCUACUUGCGUAACCUUCGGAAGGUGUAUCCGGGAGGAAAGCGUCAAGGUUCAAAAGUGGCAGUAGAUUCUUUGACCUUCUCAGUUCAAGAAGGGGAAUGUUUUGGUUUCUUGGGAACAAACGGAGCUGGGAAGACAACUACUCUGUCAAUGUUAUCUGGUGAGGAAUCUCCAACUGAUGGAACUGCUUUUAUAUUUGGAAAAAGUAUAAUCUCCAAUCCCAAGGCAGCUCGUAAGCAUGUUGUCAUGGAAAAGUUAUUGGAGUUUGACUUGUUGAAGCAUGCUAACAAACCAUCAUUCUGCCUAAGUGGGGGAAACAAGCGCAAAUUAUCUGUCGCAAUUGCAAUGAUUGGAGAUCCUCCUAUAGUCAUUCUUGAUGAGCCAUCAACUGGUAUGGAUCCUAUUGCCAAACGUUUCAUGUGGGAAGUGAUAUCUCGUAUUUCAACCAGACGAGGAAAGACAGCUGUAAUUCUUACUACCCAUAGCAUGAAUGAAGCUCAAGCUCUGUGUACUAGGAUCGGUAUAAUGGUUGGAGGUCGAUUGAGGUGCAUUGGAAGUCCACAGCAUCUGAAAACAAGAUUUGGAAAUCAUCUAGAGCUAGAGAUCAAACCUAUUGAAGUCAGCUAUGCAGACAUGGAAAAUCUUUGUCGAGUAAUUCAAGAAAGGCUUUUUGAUAUCCCUUCUCAUCCUAGGAGCUUACUGGGUGACCUUGAAGUUUGCAUUGGUGGAAAUGACUCUAUAAGGUCUGAAGCAUCUGUUGCAGAAAUUAGUUUGUCACGUGAAAUGAUAAUUAUAAUUGGACGGUGGCUUGGAAAUGAAGAAAGAGUGAAGACACUUGUAUCAUCGAAACCUAUUUCUGAUGGGGUUUUCAGUGAACAAUUAUCUGAGCAACUAAUUCGAGACGGUGGUAUACCAUUGCCAAUAUUUUCUGAAUGGUGGUUAUUGAAAGAAAAGUUCUCAGCGAUUGAAUCAUUUGUCUUCUCGUCAUUUCCGGAUGCAAUAUUUCAAGUGUGCAAUGGAUUGAGUAUCAAAUAUCAGUUGCCAUAUGGGGAAGGCUUGUCAUUAGCGGAUGUCUUUGGACACUUGGAAGGGAACAGAAAUCAAAUUGGCAUUGCAGAAUACAGUAUCAGUCAGUCCACGCUAGAAACCAUAUUUAAUCAUUUUGCCGCAAACCCAUGAGAUAUUUAUUGUAUGAAUCAAAAUUUUACUUGUAAUUUAAUAGAAAUUGGCUAAUCAUCAAAUACCCAGGCACCUCCCUCGUUUUUGUAAAAGGUCGAGAUUUUUUUUUUUUUUUUUUUGGGGGUAAAUAUUACGUACGGACCAGAAAAGUUAUAGAUAGUUGAGCAUUUUAUAAUCAUUAUUAUUUUUUCAGAAAUCCUAAGUCUGAAAUGCUUAGUAUGUU